AUGUGGUGUGCGCAGGGCGAGACGAUAUUCUCGUGGUACAGCGGCGACGGCGCGGCGCGCGUGGCGGACCGCUGGGGCGGGCGCGUGCGGCGGGUGCUGGACGCCCGGCCCGGCCUGGGCCGCGGCUCCAUCAACGUCAGCGCCGUGCGCGAGACCGACGCCGGCCUCUACCGCUGCCGCGUCACCUUCCCCAACCGCACGCCGCCCGCGCGCAACAAUGGCACCUUCUACUACCUCCAAGUCGACGGAGGUAAUCUGAUAGUGACGCCGCCUAUGAACGUGACGGUGCUGGAGGGCGAGCGCGCCGAGCUCGAGUGCCUGCCCAAGAGCCCGGAGUCGGCGGUGGAGUGGUUCAAGGACGGCACGCCGCUGGCCGAGCUGCCGGAGCUGGCGCUGCGCUCGGAGCGGCCCGCCAACGGCUCGCUCGUGCUGCGCCGCGCCGCCUCCACCGACCCCGGCGAGUACGAGUGCCGCGUGCACGACCCCGACUACCCCGACCUGCAGAGCGCCAGCGCCUUCCUCGACGUGCAGUAUAAAGCCAAAGUAGUUUACGCACCGAAAGAACGCUUCCUUCCUUACGGCAAACCCGCCAGCUUAGACUGCCACUUCAGCGCCAACCCGCCGCUCACCAACCUGCGCUGGGAGAAGGACGGCUUCUUGUUUGACCCCUACAACGUGCCCGGAGUCUUCUACAGCAGGAAUGGAAGCUUGCUGUUCAACCAGAAAGGGACGCAGCUAUUCUGUACGUUGGACGGGAUCGUAGGUAUACCUACGGCGCGGCGAUCGGCGCGGUGGGGCGCCGAGUCGCUGCGCCGUGACCGCGGUGCGGUGGACGAAUCGCACGAAGGCGAGUACUCGUGCACGCCGUACAACUCGCUGGGGUCGGCGGGCCCGUCGCCGGGCGUGCGCGUGCGCGUGCAGCGUCCGCCGGCGCUGGCGGCGCGGCCGCAGCCGCUGUACGUGGCGCGGCUGGGCGCCACGCUCACGCUGCCCUGCGCCGCCGCCGCGCGCCACCGCGACCAGCCGCUCGUGCACUGGGCCCGGAAGGACGGUAGCGAGCUGCCUGUGGGCCGCCACAACCUGGACGACGGGAACCUGACCAUCGUGGACGUGACGGAGGACGACCGCGGCGUGUACGUGUGCACCGUCAGCAACGAGGCCGCCACCGUCGACGUCGAAACGGAGUUACUGGUCGAGAACAUGCCCCCGCGGGCUCCCUACAACCUCACCGUCAGGCCGUCUGCGGACUCUCUUCAUCUGUCCUGGGUGCCUGGACAUAACGGACUGGAGGUGGACUAUAACGUUUGGUAUCGCGAACGAACUGUGAGCGAAUGGCGUACUAUGAAGAUUUUGACGAGAGGCGUCACCGAAGCCACGCUGGUAGGGCUGCGGCCGGGCACCGAGUACGAGCUGCGGGUGCUGUCGCAAGAUCUGAUCGGCGACGGACUUUUUAGUAAACCAGUGUUUGCGAGAACCCUUGGAUCUUCGGACGAGGAAGGCAUCGAAGCUGAGCAGGUGGCGUACGCUGCCGCCACCACUGAAUUGGCUGAGGUGGGCGCAUCCGACGAGGGCGCUGAGGGGGGCGACCUGGAGGUCUCCGUGCGCCUCAUCGACGAGGGCGUGCUCGUGCGCUGGCGGCGCGAGCCGGCGGACGCGUCGCGCUGCAGCGUGCGCUGGUACGAGGGGGCGCCGCCCGGCGCGCGGCUGCUGGCCAGCGGACACACGCUGCACGACUACAUGCUCGUGAGCGGCGCCGAGGAAGGGGCGCGCUACUGGGCGCGCGUGCAGUGCGCGAGCGGCGCCAGCGGCGGCGCCGAGCUGCGCGUGCCGGAGUACGCGCGGCUGCGCGGCGUGGCGGCGGGCUGCGCGGCGGCCGCGCUGCUGCUGGCGGCGCUGGCGGCGGCGCUGCUGGCGGCGCGGCGCCGGCUGUGCGCGGGCCCGGCGGCGGCGCGCGCCGACAAGCGGCUGCGCUGA